AUGUCAGCAGCAGAAUCAAAGGAGCGCUUGGUGCACGACCUCGAGUCUGGCCUGGCUGCACCGGCAACUCGCACGCCCUCGCUAUGUCUGCCACCGCUGGCACUGCUUCGACGCAAAAAGCUGUUGGUGCUGCUUCUGGUGGUACCUACGAUCUACUUGAUGCUGAUCUACAACGGCGAUGUGGGCUCACCACUCGAAUCGGAUCCGGCGAAGCAUAUGCUCGGUGCACUCCACCAAGCGUCGCCCGCGAUCAACGAUCUAGCUGGCAAGCUGGUUGGAAGUGGACAUGCCCUCAAUGAUGCGCACCUCGACUCGGACGGUCACUUGCACAAUGCGUUGCUCGACAACAUGCACAUCGAGGGUACUGCCGAGCUCACGCAACUCAAGGACAAGCUCGAGUCUGGCACAACGACGUCGAACGCGCAGCUGUCGUCACUGCAGGUCAGCGAGAUGACCAAGUACAGCGUCAAGGACGAAAGCGUCAUGCUCUUGCUGCUAGCACUCAAGAGCAAAGCGUACGCGGUGCAGGACGACUGGCAAGACGUCUACUUUGACCGCACACCUUUGCAAGCAGGGCUGUUUGCAACACUCAACUCGGGACCCACGAACAAGUUUACGCAGUUGCUUGCUCAGGUAGGCCUGCCCAAGCUGAACGAGACCACUGCAGACACAUCGCCCUCGUCGGCCAAGUUUUCCAUCCUGAACGACGCCCAUCAGCUGUACAGCCUGUCGCGCCAGGAUUGGGUCGAUCGCGUGCGUCCAUCGCUGGGCCUAACCGUGUUCAGCAAGAGCUACUGCCCCUUUUCCAAAAAAGCCAAAGCACUGCUCACUUCGCUCAAUGCCACUUACACGGCGUACGAGGUGGACCUUCGACCCGACGCUCACCACCUCCAACCGCUGUUGGCCAAAUUGACAGGUCACAGAACAUUCCCCACGAUUUUGGUGAAAGAUCGACUGUUGGGUGGCAACGACGAUCUGCAGGAUCUGCAUUCGAUCCAUGCGCUCAAGAGUAUACUCGAGUCGGUUCAUGCAUUGUAA